CCGGAAGCGGCGGCCGCGUGGCGGAGGCAGCAUGGCGGCCCCCGGGAGGAGAAAACUGGAGGAGCUGAGCCUGGACGAGUUCCUCGCUGCCGGCUCGGACUCGGAGCAUGACGGAGGCUGGGAGGAUGAGGAGGAGGAGGAGGAGGAAGGCGGCCGAGCCCUUAAUGGCACUGCGAGGCAGAGGCGGCCGAGCGGGAAGGCGGCCCAGGGGCUGCAGGCACGGCCGGGCAGCAGGAAGAAGGGAACGGCGUCAGAGCACAAGGACCAGCUCUCCAGGCUGAAGGACAGGGACCCCGAGUUUUACAAGUUCCUGCAGGAGAACGACCGCAAGCUGCUGGACUUUGAUGCCUCGGACAGCUCAGAGGAGGAGGAGGCUCUGCACAGACCCCCUGACAUCCUGGAGGAAGCCAGUGACGAGGAUGAAGAUGAUGAGGACGAAGAGCAAGAAAAAGUCAAAAGGAAGAAAGUUUCUCUCAUCCAUGUGAGCUUGAAGAUGGUGGAGGAGUGGAAGAAAGCUGCCCAGAGGAAUCUCACCCCAAAGCUCUUCCAUGAGAUCACCCAGGCCUACAAGGCAGCUGUGGCCACCACCAAAGGGGACAGUGGUGGUGACCCCAGCAAGUUCCAGGUGACUGACACUGCAGUGUUCAACGCCCUGGUGUCCUUCUGUAUCCGGGACCUGUUCCACCACCUGCACAAGCUGCUGCUCCCCAAAGCCCCCAAGAACAAGCUCAAAAUGGUUCUCCCUUCCACCAGCCCCCUGUGGGGAAAGCUACGACUGGACAUCAAAGUUUAUCUUGGCUGUACCAUAAAGCUGCUGUCCUGCCUGACAGAGGCCUCAGUGGGUGCAGCAGUCCUGCAGCACGUCAACUCCACAGUCCCAUACUACCUGUCCUUCCCCAAGCAGUGCCGGGCCCUGCUCAAGCAAGCCAUCACUCUGUGGAGCACAGGGGAGGAGACAGUCAGGGUCCUGGCCUUCCUGGUGCUGAACAAGAUCUGCAGGCACAAGAAGGAGGUUUACCUCAGCCCCCUGCUCAAGCAAAUGUACAUUGCCUUUGUGAAGAACUCCAGGUUCACCUCUCCCAACGUGCUGCCCAUGAUCAACUUCAUGCAGAGGACACUGACGGAGAUGCUGGCCCUGGACAGCGCCACGUCCUACCAGCACAGCUUCAUCUACAUCCGCCAGCUGGCCAUCCACCUGCGCAGCGCCAUGACCCUCAGGAAGAAGGAGAACUUCCAGUCAGUGUAUAACUGGCAGUACAUCCACUGCCUGUACUUCUGGUGUCGAGUUCUCAGCACCAUCCACCCCAGUGAGGUCAUGGAGCCCCUCAUCUACCCCUUGACACAGGUCAUCAUUGGCUGCAUCAAGCUGGUGCCAACGUCUCGGUUCUACCCCCUGCGCAUGCACUGCAUCCGUGCCCUCACGCUGCUGUCGCAGAGCACCAGGACCUUCAUCCCCGUGCUGCCCUUCAUCCUGGAGGUUUUCCAGCAAGUGGAUUUCAACAAGAAGCCAGGACGGAUGAGUUCCAAGCCCAUCAACUUUGCUGUGAUCCUGAAGCUCUCCAAUGCCAACCUGCAGGAAAAGGCCUUCAGGGAUGGGCUCAUUGACCAGCUCUAUGACCUGCUGCUGGAGUAUCUGCAUGGCCAAGCCCACAGCAUUGGCUUCCCAGAGCUGGUUCUGCCCACUGUCAUCCAGCUGAAAUCCUUCCUGAAGGAGUGCAAGGUGGCCAACUACUGCAGGCCCAUGAGGCAGCUGCUGGAGAAGCUGCAGGAGAACUCAGCCCACAUCUGCAGCAGGAGGCAGAGAGUGACCUUUGGAGUGGCCAGCACGGCUGCUGUGGAGCAGUGGGAGAAGCAGCUGAAGGAGGAGGGGACGCCCCUGAGCAGGUAUUACACACAGUGGAAGAAGCUGAGGGAGAAGGAGAUCCAGCUGGAGAUCAGUGGCAAGGAAAGGCUGGAAGACUUGAACUUCCCAGAAAUCAAACGCAAAAGGCCGGACGAGAGGAAGGAGGAGGAUAAGAAGGAAUUCAAGGAUCUCUUUGAGCUGGACAGUGACUCUGAGGAGGAGAAUGGUGGAUUCUCUGUGAAAGGGAAGGGCACGGCCUCAGAUGACAGCUCAGAAGCCAGCAGCAAGGAGUUUGGGGAGGAGGAUGAUGAUGAAGAAGGAAAUUACGAGGUGGAGGAGGACGAGGAGGAAGAGCUGGAAGAGGACAGCGAGGCAGAGGCAGAGGAAGGCAGGGCAGGAGCCCAGGAUGCCCAGGAUGCCCAGCGUGCCCAGGGUGCCCAGGGUGCCCAGCAGAGGCGGAGCUGCCCCCGGGGCCUGUCCCGCUCGGACCUGCAGCAGCUGGCACAGGGAGGGGAGGACCUGGUGCAGGACCUGGAGUUUUCUGACGAGGACUGAGCUGCCCAGCCCUGUCCAGCCCGAGCCUGCAGCACCUGCAGCUGCUGUCAGAGCCAGGAGCCCAGCUGGGACCAGCCCCACAUCCACAGCCUGGACUUUGCAGCUCAACGUGGACUUCUCCAGCUUCUUCUACCAGUUCUGCUUUUGGUACCAAUAAACCCGAGGCCAAGUCAAGGCCAGUACAAACUGCUCAGCAGAGGGAAUAAAACCCCAUUAAAAUCUGC